GGUGACCAUUCUGAAAUUUUGGCUGUGAGGCUCACAGCAACAACACAAGCCUUUGGAACAUCCUUACCCUCCGCGAUGCUUCGCCGCGCCACUCCCAUUGGCACCACAAAAGCCCGUUGUUUGUUGAUGAGGCACAAAUCAAGCGGUGGAAGAAGACCGAAGAAGAAAACGUACCACAGAGUCCCUGAACUAGACAGAGUAAUGGAUCUUCGCAAGAAGCCAUUGAUGAUUCUCCACCUAACUUCCCUCAUCCAAUCCCAACCCAACAACACUCCCCUCUUCCUUCGCGACCUCGAGAAGAACGUGGGCUUCGUCCGCAAAUGGGCCUUCAUGGGCCUCAUUCAAAAACACCCCUCCGUCUUCCGCGUCACCGGGACACCCCCUGCCGUGUCCCUCACCCAACGUGCCCGCAGCCUGGCCCACGAAGAGGCCCAGGCCUGGGCCUCGAUGGAACCCAUCUUGGUUAAUAACUUGAGGAAACUGCUCAUGCUGUGCGUUGAUUGCAGAGUGAAGCUUGAAACUGUGGAGCUCGUUGCGCCUGAGUUGGGCUUGCCCUCUGAUUUUAAAGAGUGUCUGAUUCCCAAGUACCCACAGUUUUUCUCGGUUCGGCCCUUCCGUGGAAGGGAUUGUCUAGUGUUGGAGGAUUGGGAUUCCUCUUUCACUGUCACUGCUAGAGAGGCUAGGUUGGCGCAGGAAGGUGUUGAGAAUCAGAAGGCAAAUGGAGAUCAUAGGAAGGUGAAGAUUUCAAGAGAUGGGAACUAUCUUGGUCCAUUUGCAUUCAAAAUUAAUUUUCCAGCUGGUUUUAGGCCAAACGUUGGUUACCUUGAGCAGCUUGAGAGGUGGCAGAAGUUGGAGUUUCCUUCUCCUUAUUUGAAUGCGAGGAGAUUCGAUGCUGCUGAUCCAAAAGCUCGAAAACGGGCUGUGGCAGUGAUUCAUGAGCUUCUCAGCUUGACUGUGGAGAAGAGGAUGUCAUCUGCACAGUUGGAUGCAUUUCAUGCUGAGUGUCUUUUGCCGUCUCAGUUGUUGCUUUGUUUGAUAAAGCAUCAAGGGAUAUUUUACCUCACUAAUAAAGGAGUAAGAAGUACUGUCUUUCUCAAAGAUGCAUACCUUGGCUCCAACUUGAUAUAUAAGUGUCCUUUGUUGCAAUUUUAUGAUAAAUUUUUGGCACUCUGCGGUAGAGGAAACAUUGAUCUGUGUGACAACAAGAAUUCUUUACUGACUGCUGUUUAGAAGUUGAACUUGAUUGAUUUUUCAGUGAUAUGGGUACGACAUCUCUUCCUAAUUGAGCAGGAUAAGGAAGUAUAACAUGGAAAUGUAUGCAGUAUUAAGGAUAUAAUUCCUUACUUUAAGUAAAACCAUGGAAGUACAAUCUGCGGAUACUUCCACACUAAAUUUGUUGUUGGAUUUGGAUUAUUGCUUUCUGAAAGAGUUGUGAUCAGAAACCAAAGUUGACUUCAUCAAAUUAGAUUACUUUCAGUGUUCACCACCCCUUGCAGGCAUGAAGAUUGAAGUGGUUCAGAAAUGUUUUAUCAUGCCAAUUUCUGACACUCAGUUCUUGGUACAUAUUGUUGUCAAUUUGCACAGUUAAGCCAAUAUUUAUGCCCACAAAUAAUUUACUCAUUCCUCAGGGCUUUUCAUCAUGACAAAAUAGUGGCAUUUUGGAGUCUGCCAAAGGGGAGGGGGUGGGAGGAUUUAUGGUAUCAAUUGUGCUUCUGAUGCUCUAGUAUGAGUUUGUAAUGGUAUUUGCCUUAAUAUGAAGGUGCUGCUUGAAUGGAGAUUGUGGCACCAGGUGUUGACCUAUCCUUUGAUAGGAUCUUACCCUGCAUGUUCUCCCCUGAAUGCAUUUGUGGCUGACAAGUUAAGGACCUAUAAUCACUUGAAGUUCACUGGAGCAUCCAUCAGAUGUUGGUGCAGUAAUUGUUCUAAAUCAUUUAUACACAUUUUAGUAAAUGUUUAUAUUGCUGACCUAGCCAUCAGUUCUGGUGUAAUAUUUUUUUUCCUCCCUGUAUACGUUUAUAAAUCAUUAUCAUACUUACUUAAUACCUAUGAAGCUUACCCCUGUCAUCAAUUUAGGACAGAUUCCUCAGAUAUAGAUUGAAGCUUAUGUUUGCAUUAAAUGAUUAAACUAUCAAGGAAGGAGAAUUCCUAUAGAAUGGGU